AUGGCUUCUAAAAAAGAUUCAUUGAAAGAAACAGCAAAGCCUAUAAAUGAUAAGCCACCGGAUAAUGUCGAGAAUCAGUUUGGAGAGGCUUCGUCUAUCGAUAAAGUUACUUUAAAUAACACGAUAAUCUCUAUGCGUUCUACAGUGAAGAAGUCCAAAAUACGAAUUCUUGCAAAAUUGAUUCGUCACAUUAAACAAUUAAAAUCUAAAAUAAAUGAAAAACCAAUUAAUACAGAAAAGAAUAAAAGAAAACUUGCAAACUUACUUGAAGAAAUGAAAAUAAUCAAGGCUUUAAAGCCAGACACAGUAUCAAGAUUUGUAUUGGGUAAUACCUUUACUUUUGUAGAGCUUAAUAACAAGGGUUUUCAAUCGACAGAGGCUCGUGCACUUGCUCGUGGCCAAGAGUCAUCUGUCGAGGUUCCAGAAGAAGAGAAUAAAUUAGAAAAGGUGGAUCAGAAGAAUGAUGAUGAACCUGAGUUCACAGUAUCUGGCAAUCACUCAAUGUUUUUGUCAUUGUCAGGCAGUGAUGUACAAUCUUUUAGAGAUGGAAGUGGGAGAAGAGGAAGAAUGAAUUCCCAUUCUCCUUAUUCUGAGUUCAGAAGACAGAAACCCAACUCUCAAGGACAUCAGAAUCCUGGUUAUCGAAAUAAUUUUGUACAAGGACGUUUUUCAAAUAGAGGAAGAAGAGAAAAACCAUCUACAUAUCCCCUAACAAAAACAUUUAAAGAAUCAAAGGACACUACAUUAAAGAAUACACCAAAGCAAAAACUCUUGGACAAAAGCAAUUUUAGUGAUGAGAAACUGCAUCCAUCAUGGGAAGCCAGCCGCAGACGGAAAGAACAGGCAGCCAGCAUCUCUGUUUUUCAAGGGAAAAAAGUUAAAUUUGAUGAUUAA